AUGUGGAAUGUGGAGAUGUGUUACGGGCCUGUCAUCGAGGUCUUCGAGGUGGAGGGCAGCUGUGAGUGCAGGCUCGUCAUCGGGUAUAAGAUGGGCGGCACGAGCAAGUUCUUCAGUGCCCUCUCAAAUCUGUACCACUUCUACGCCCUCUAUUCCAUGUGCAAAUACAUCGAGCAAUUCUCGAAUGGCAUCACGAUUAUAUCCUUGUAUCUUAACCCUCUCCCGAGCGCGCUGAACGCUCCCACAAUCAAGCAUUCCAUAUUCCAAGUGAUGAAGGAGGCCUCACUGUUAUAUUGCCUGCCCGACAACCCCUUCUUCUAUGCAGAGCCCGGCCAGAACAGCGGGCAUGCCGUGCAGGAGGCGACUUAUGCUUACUGUGGUUGGGUGUUCAUGCAGCACUUCUGCAACCAUCUUGGGCCAGCGUACCUCGCAUUGAAGAAUAUUCUCGACGAGUCGAACUCGUCACACAUGGAAGUGCUGAACAACAUCAAACACCGCUUCAGGGAGGAGACCUUCAUGCGAGAAAGCAUCGCACAGGUCAUCCAUGCGCAUGCUGACCUCAUUAACUUACUGCCUACGCUGUCAUACCAGCGUCUCCAGACCCAAGUCCCACUGUCCGACGAGGACCUCUAUGACAAGAUCAGGAAAACUGUGCACAACAAGCACGAGCUGCAGGUCCUCGAGAGCUUCUUGAUCUUUAACAAGUGCAUUCAACUCCCGCACGUUCUUAAGACCAACUUUUACCAGCUGACUAAGGUCGCACUGUCGUUCCGCCUCGUGCCAGACUUCCUGCCUGAGGUGGAGUACCCGAAGAAACCAUUUGGCAUGUUCUUUAUCAUUGGCGGUGAAUUCCGUGGCUUCCACAUCAGGUUCAGGGACGUUGUGCGGGGAGGUAUCAGGAUUGUUAUGUUGAGGAAUAGUGAAUUGGGUUCAAGCCCAAGAUUGUGCUUCGAGAAAUACGUGGACGCUGUCAUCAACCUGCUGAUUCCUGGACAAAGCCCUAGGAUCAAGAAAUGUCUGAUUGAUCUGUAUGGCAAGCCGGAGCUGCUGUUCUUCGGUCCGGAUGAGGGUACUGUGGACAUGAUGGAUUGGGCAGCUCUGCACACACGCGCCCGUGGUGCGGAGACCUGGUGGAAGUCGUUCACGAUGGGCAAGAGCACAGAGACGCUCAGUGGCAUCCUGCACGACCAGUUCGGUAUGACGUCGCUCUCAAUUCAGCAGUAUGUGCUUGGGAUCUACAAGCAGCUCGGGCUCAGGGAGAAGGAUAUCACGAAAGUGCAGACUGGCGGACCUGCAGAUGGUGAUCUUGGCUCAAGUGACUCUGACAAGACCAUCGCUGUCAUUGACAGUAGUGGCGUCCUUGCUGACCCCGCCGGUAUCGACCACGAGGAGCUCAUCUGA